GUUCUCGGCCUGUUUAAUUGACUAGUCGCUCAUUCUGCGCCUUUAUACCCAGAGCCUUCAUUCUUCACAAUGUCCUGGUUGUUCGGUUCCUCCAAGCCCGAGAGCGCGCCCGCUGCAGCUCCCACCGAAUCCGCCGCCCCCGCAGAGAAGCCCAAGCCCUGCUGCGUCUGCAAGACCGAAAAGACCGCCCGCGACGACUGCAUGCUCUUCUCCAAGACCGACGACCCCACCCAGGAAUGCAAGUCGAUGAUUGACCAGUACAAGGCCUGCAUGGCCGGUUAUGGAUUCAAGGUCUAGAACGUUUCCCCUGGGGCUGUUGUGCGGGGAGUGGCAUGUUUCUGGGGCGGGGAGAUUUCCGGGCGUGUUAUAGUACAUAGAAGGAGAAAGAGCGCAUGCAACAUUUCCUGGAGUUUGGGGUCUGGGAGGCUUUGCUUUCUCCGAGGGGUUCGCUUUGCUAUGGUCGUGUAUAUUAA